AGCUUGUUCUUCUAGGCGAGGAUUCGAGAGAGACAGAGGAGCACGGAGAUGUGACGAGGGACUUACCAUUUAGCUGGCUGCCACUUUAACACCCCCAUCGCCCCCCCGAUUUCCCUGCUCUUCUCACCGGAUGCAAAUGACAGCGGGGAGCCAAAUCCUUAUCCCUUCUUAACCUUAGCCCGAAGGUAUACCUCUCCACCUCUUCUUCACUCUGUUGUAGAUUCUGCGUGCGAUUACUCUUCUCCGGAAUCUGCUUCUGGCCACGUAAUCCGCCCCAAAAUGCAAUCUUUAAGCACUUUCUGCUCUAAAGGAGCAUCCUUGCCGGCGUCUUCCAUGGAUUCCCAUUCGUUGAGGAGGAGAAGGAAAAACAGCUCGGGCCAUGACUCUCCACCUGGCAGCAGCAGCAGCAGCAGCUGUUCUCGCCAAUCCUCGAUUUCGAGUGGUCUUAGAGGUUUAAGAAGACAGAGCCGUUGUUGGAGGAGUAGGAUUUUUGCUAGCGGUGUGAAACUUGGCUUUUUUGAGCAGACUAGGGUUCCUUCCGGGAAAUACUUAUCUUUGGCUUUGGCAUUAGAUCAAGAACAAUUAGGGAGUGGACAUGUAGAGGGACUACCAAUGUUUGAUGGUGAAGAAGAUGAGAAUGAACACGAGAAGAAAACUGUGUUAAGUGAAAAAGAAAGGGUUGAUGUUCGUGCCUUGGCGUCCAGCUUAAAGGAUGCUAAAACUGCAGAUGAUGUGGAGGAUCUGUUCAAGAACAUGGAUGACUUGCCUCUGCCUGUCUACUCAUCUAUGAUUAGGGGCUUUGGGGCAGAUAAGAGACUGGAUCCGGCAUUUGCUGUUGUCGAGUGGUUAAAGAGGAAGAGCAAGGAGACCCACAGUUCUCUCUCCCCCAACUUGUUCAUCUAUAACAGCCUCUUGAGUGCUGUUAAGCUGACCCGGCGAUUUGAUAAAGUUGAUGAGGUUAUAAAAGAUAUGAAGGAACACGGCAUCGUUCCAAAUAUCGUGACUUAUAACACUUUAAUGUCUGUUUAUCUCGAACAAGGGCGGCACAAAGAGGCCCUCAGCGUGUUAGCUGAUAUCGAAAAUAAUGGCCUAUCUCCAUCUCCUGUCACUUAUUCGACCGUUUUACUAGCAUACAAGAAGAUGAAUGAUGCAUAUGGUGCACUUGGAUACUUUGCCAAGCUGAGAGAGAAGUAUCAGAAGGGUGAAGUAGGUAAAGAUAGCAGCGAGGAAUGGGAGAGCGAGUUUGUUAAACUCAAAAAGUUCACAAUCCACAUUUGUUAUCUUGUAAUGCGUCAGUGGCUUGUAAACGAAGAGAAUCCAGCUCCCAAUGUGUUGAAGCUCCUAACUGUUAUGGAUGAGGCACAAGUCAAACCUGGCCGAGCAGAUUAUGAGCGGCUUGUGUGGGCGUGCACUCGAGAGAGCCAUUAUACUGUGGCUAGAGAAUUGUAUAAUAGAAUAAGGGAUAUGGGCAGUGACAUAAGUUUAUCAGUGUGUAAUCAUGUGAUUUGGCUAAUGGGUAAGGCUAAAAAAUGGUGGGCAGCACUUGAGAUCUAUGAGGACUUGCUGGAUAAAGGACCUAAGCCUAAUAAUCUAUCAUACGAGCUGAUCGUUUCCCACUUCAACAUCCUGCUAACUGCUGCUCGGAGAAAAGGGAUCUGGAGAUGGGGUGUUAGGUUGCUCAACAAGAUGCAAGAUAAAGGCUUGAGGCCAGGAAGCAGAGAAUGGAAUGCAGUCCUUGUGGCAUGCUCUAAAGCAGCCGAACCAUCGGCUGCUGUACAGAUAUUUACGAGGAUGGUGGAGCAGGGGGAGAAACCGACCAUACUCUCUUAUGGAGCUCUGCUAAGCGCACUUGAAAAAGGGAAGCUUUAUGAUGAGGCUCUCCGGGUCUGGGAGCAUAUGUGUAAAGUUGGUGUCAAGCCAAACUUGUAUGCAUACACAAUUUUAGCAUCUGUUUACAUUGGAAAAGGAAGCCCUGAGAUGGUAGAUUCUAUUCUUCGUGAAAUGAGAUCAAUGGGAAUUGAACCAAACGUGGUGACUUUUAAUGCAAUAAUCACUGGGUGUGCUAAGAACAGUAUGGGAGGUGCUGCUUUUGAGUGGUUUCACCGAAUGAAAGUUCAAAACAUCAAGCCAAAUGAAAUUACUUAUGAGAUGCUGAUAGAAGCUCUUGCGAGAGAUGGCAAACCAAGACUAGCAUAUGACAUGUACUUGAGGGCUUGCAAUGAAGGGCUACAGCUUUCUUCAAAAGCCUAUGAUGCCGUAUUAGAAUCUUGUGAGUCGUAUGGCAUAAACAUGGACUUGAAUGCUUUGGGCCCACGACCUUCUGAGAAGCAGAAAAGCACAAUGAUACGCAGGAAUUUGUCAGAUUUCUGUAAUUUUGCCAGUCUCCCUAGGAGAGGAAGACCGUUUGAUGAGAAAGAAAUAUACCAUUCACAGGGUCAUGAGUGAUGAAACCAUGGAUGAGUUUGUUUACUUGGUUUCCUACAUGCAGGCAAGGUCCAUCGAUCAGUCAUUGGUAAUCUCCAUGUGUAAGCCUCGAGAGUUAAUGAUUUAAGUUCCACAAGAGAUACUGUCAUCUAAUAUUUUUGCAAGUCUAAUUGGCUUCUGCUUGGAAAGGAAUUUUCAGUCACAUUGAUUGCACAUUUCCAUUUCGUCCAACUUUGUUCAUAAGGUGCGUUGAAGCAACAUGCAGGAGAAAUUUGCAGUUUUAGGGAUAUGUUGGUAGAAGUAUUCGAGGAUUGACUGAGGAUAUACUACAUAAAGGUUUCCUUCCAUGAGAUCAAAUGUUUGUAAGCAGUAGGAAAUUGGGAGGAGAUGAGUAAGUCAUCUUGCCUAUGGCAUUACAUCUUUCGACGAAACUGGAACUUAUCUAAGAAGAAAGAACGACAUGCUGUUUCAUUGUUUGAGAAUGAGCUAUUCCGGAAGAAAAUUUUUGAAGCCUACAUAGUGAAGGAGAUCUCUUGCCCAUUUGAGGACGAGAUGCAGGUAAAUUUACAGUUCUCUCACUGUUCUUCUUGCAUCACAACCUAAAACAAUCAUGUGUUGGGAUAAUUAGGACUGUAUGCUGCAAGUGCAGUGGCACUGCCAUCAGUCUCAAUAAUUUCUCCAGUUAACCAAUACAUAUGUUCCUUCAUGUCU